AUGAGGAAGAAGCUCGCCACCCGCUUUCCUGCUUCUCGAAUCAAGAAGAUUAUGCAAGCUGAUGAGGAUAUUACCGUAAAACGGGGAGCAAAAACUGUGAAUUCUUUGCAUUUGAAGCAAUGUGUACAGAGCUUUAACGUGUUUGAUUUCCUGAAGGACACAGUAAGUAGGGUUCCCGAUUUAGGCGGUUCAGAAGCUUCUGCUGAUGAUAGAUCUGCUACCAAAAAAAGGAGGGUCUCAGAAGAUGAAGACAACGGCACCGAUGAUGAGUCUAAAAGAAUCCACGUGCCUGAGAUUGGCCACACCAGCACUGGUGGGAGAGUUAGGGGAAGAGGUAGGGGUAGGGGUAGGGGUAGAGGUCGGGGUCGGGGUAGGAGCAAAGGUAGUCACACUCUAGAGAGAGAAUCGAAUACUCAGUAUGAGAAAUUUGAAGACUACCAAGAUGUUUCUCCCCAGAAUGAUGAGAAGCAAAAUGAAAAUCUUGAAAAGCUGGACAAUUUUGCAGGUCCUGCAGAUUCUAGCGGUAUGGGUGGGAAGAAUGCAGAUAUAUCAGUCAGAAAUUUUGAUCUCAAUGUGGACUUAAAUGAGAAUGGGAAUUCCACCCCAGUACUGGCUGGAGGCACUUCUAACUCGAGGACAAAUGCAGCUCUUGAAAUGAAGCAUGAAGAAAUUCCUGGUUGGUCCCUCGAUGAUGUGGAAGGGAUGACGAUUGAUCCUAUUCAACUUGCCAAUAUCAAUAGGAGGAUAGAUGAGGAAGAAGAAGAAGAUUAUGAUGAUGAAGAAUAA